UUGUGGCUUUACGACGGGAACUACAAGGUUUUCAACCUCUCGCAGUUCGGUGUAAACGGCGAUCGUUUUUAAAACCUUUCCGUCUGAACACGUUACUUUACGAAAACGGAAAAACGACACCGUUUUCUCUCGUUCUGGUGUAAACGGGACAUUCCAGAGCAGCAGGUGGAAAAGAGGAAGGAGAGCUCAGUCUUGGUUUCUUCUAUGAGAAAGUGAAACUUUCACAUUCUCAGAGGGGAAAUGGCGCAGCGAGGAUUUCAGAUGAACCAGGACAAACUCUGCUGUUCGAUCUGUUUGGAUCUGCUGAAGGAUCCGGUGACUCUUCCCUGUGGACACAACUACUGUAUGAACUGUAUUAAAGGCUGCUGGGAUGGAGAGGAUCAGAAGCACACCCACAGCUGUCCUCAGUGCAGACAGACCUUCAUACCGAGGCCUGCUCUGGGGAAAAACACCAUGUUAGCAGAGUUGGUGGAGGAGAUGAAGAAGACUGGACUCCACGCUGCUCCUGCUGAUCACUGCUAUGCUGGACCUGGAGAUGUGAGCUGUGAUUUCUGCACUGGGAGGAAGCUGAAAGCCAUCAAGUCCUGUCUGCAGUGUCUGGUCUCUUACUGUGAGCAGCACCUCCAGCCUCACUAUGAAUCUUCAGCCUUUGAGAAACACAAGCUGGUUGAUUCUUCUAAAAGGCUGAAGGAAAAUAUCUGCUCUCAUCACGAUGAGGUGAUGAAGAUCUUCUGCCGCACUGAUCAGCAGUGUAUCUGUUAUCUGUGCUCCAUGGAUGAACAUCGAGGCCACGACACAGUUUCAGCUGCAGCAGAAAGGAAAGAGAAGCAGAGAGAGCUCGGGGUGAGUCAGCAACACCUCCAGCAGAGAAUUAAAGAAAAGGAGAAAGACAUGAAGGUGCUUCAGCAGGAGGCGGAGGCCAUCAAUCAGUCUGCUGAUGAAGCCGUGAAGGACAGUGAGAAGAUCGUCACCGAUCUCAUCCAGCUCAUUGUGAAGAGAAGCUCUGAUUUGAAGCAGCAGAUCAGAUCUAAGCAGGAUAAAGAGAGUCGGAGUGUAUCUGGAUCACAGAGCAGGGAUUCUGUCCUUCUACAGCGUCUCUGAAACCAGUGAAACCAUGAGGCUCCUCCACAGAGUCCAGACCACAUUCACUGAGCCGCUCUAUGCUGGAUUAGCUGUUUAUGGUUAUGAGAGCUCUGUUAAAUUGUGUGAGCCCAAGUAAACAGAUUUUAUAUAAACCAACAACAACAAUCAGCUCAAAUGCUGAUUUAAUCCAAACAGCAGACUCAUCUGUCCACAUGUUUAAAUGUAAAUGUCUGGAUUAAUGCAGCUUAAUAUCAUCAAACUGAUUUCUUUAGGAUGUGAGGGUAUUUGUAGGGAAAUGAUCUGCUGGUGCUGCUGAUGUUAUUAAUUAUUACUGUUGAUGACUCUGCUGGAAGUUCUUUAGUUUCACAGUUUUAACCAAACAUGGAGUUUGUAUCAUUUGUUUCUUCUGGGCUAAAGAGGAGAAACACAAACCUUUGAUCAGCUCUUAGGUCUUUAUUUUUAAUCAUAUUAAUUUUACUGUGAUAACUGAAGUUUGUCUAUUUUGCUCCUGUACUCAGACUUACUACACAUUUACUGUUUGUACAGUUGCAGAAAUCUAAUGUCACAGAAUGAUGGUUCUCACUCUCAGCUGAAUCUGAAACUCUUGAUUUGUACAUUUUGUGUAAUGUGUGUGCAGUCGGGGCCAGGCCUGAGUUCACCUUCAGUUGGAGCGCACAUUAACAGAGAAGCUGUUUGGUCUGAAACACUCAGGUUUCAGGUGAUACUGAAUGGACUCUGAUUCUGUUAGCUGCAGGUUCUCAGCACGGCCUGACUGUCAGCUUUCUGUUUUCUGUUGUACUGAUGA